GAAAUAUCCAUAAUAGAACUUGACGUACGAGCGCGCCGAGGACGAAUGCGGCAAUGGCCGCGCCGCCGACGAGCGUCUUGAAGGAGGUCUUGGGCUUAGGCUUGUUGAGCAGACUCGCUUCGGACUCGAGGUCCGAGGGCAUGGUCGAGUAUGAGGUCAUUGUGCUUUUUUUUGCCUGCGCGACGUGUUCGCGGUUUCGCGCGUCGGCGCGGGCGUCCUCUCGGCGCGCGUGUUGGCCGCCGUGGCCGACGCGACGUCCGCGGCGGCGCGCGGCACAGGUCGAGCGCGCCCGUGGCCUUUUGCGCCGCGCGCUAUUUGCAAAAGCAAAGUUGAGUGCCAGUGUUUGCAAUGCACGCGGCGUGCGAGUUCGCGAGAUUCCGUAUGCGUGUAGCCGGCGAGGCGAGCGUAAAACAGGAGCGCGCCGGACGCAAACUUUAAGUCGUGUGGCUAGCGAGGCUCGAGAGUGUUUU